UAAGUUUUGUUUCUAACGGGGACUAUAAAAGUGUUGCUCCUCACAGCAAAUGCCACUUCCUCAAGCUUUUAGGGAGUGUGUUGGUACAUCAGACGUUUGUAAAUAUUGUCAGUGCACAGUUCUGGGUUUCAUUUGAGCGAAAUAACGAAGCUGCGUCUACUUUUUUAUAAAACCUACCGAUGGCGCUCAGAUAUUUUCGACCUUUGGCACCUGUUGUACGAGCUAUCUGUCAAAGUAAAAUACCAGGACAAUAUCAAGUAAAAUCCUACAGCAACGCAACGACUGGAAGUGGAAACACAGAAACAGUUACUGGACAGACUGUGGUCUCGGAGCGGAGGGGGACCGUGGUUACCGUGGCGAUAAACCGACCAGAGGCACGUAAUGCAGUGAACCAGGAGACAGCUGGACGUCUAGUGGAGGAGCUUGAGGCCUUUGACAGGGACCCAGACUUGAAUGUUGCUGUCCUGUAUGGGAAAGGAGGGAAUUUCUGUGCUGGUUAUGAUUUGAAAGAGCUGGCCAAUCAAACAGCCUCCCUCAAAUUGGAGCAAGAUGUCACCAAGGGUCCCGGUCCGCUGGGUCCAUCUCGUAUGCAGCUGUCGAAGCCGCUGAUCGCAGCAGUCGAUGGCUUUGCUGUGGCUGGAGGGCUGGAACUGGCUCUGCUGGCGGAUCUGAGAGUGGUGGAGGAGAGCGCGGUCAUGGGGGUUUUCUGCCGCAGGUUUGGAGUUCCCCUGAUUGAUGGUGGCACAGUGCGACUCCCCCGUCUUAUUGGUCUGUCUCGAGCCCUCGACCUAAUUCUGACUGGACGACCGAUUGGAGCCCAGGAAGCUCUGGCCUAUGGACUCGCAAACAGAGUUGUCCCCAAUGGCCAAGCUUUACAAGCAGCCCUGCAGUUAGCAGAGCAGAUCAGCUCCUUCCCUCAGCAGUGUUUGAGAGCUGAUCGCUCCUCGGCCAUGUACAGCUGCUACGAUGCUCCCUCCUUCAUACAGGCAAUGCAGUAUGAGAUAGACAAUGGAAUUCCUGUCAUCCAAUCAGAAAGUGUUGCUGGAGCAACGAGGUUCAGUUCUGGAGCAGGAAGAGGAGGGAAGUUCUAAGGAUAUAAUUUACAGAGGCCUUAUGAAUAUUAAUUUCAGGUGAUCUAACACAUCCUCUUUCAUCUUCAUACGAGAUAAAUAAAUCUGUUUUAGUUCCUGAAAUGAAAUGACUGAUUCAAAUCAAAUCGCAAUGUGCUUAAAUAUUAAUACAUGCUAAAAUGUUUUGUUUGUCAUUUUUUCCAGUAGAAAUCGUUGAUUGGCAGCUUAUUCAGUUAUCUAUGUGUGCUGACUGUUGCAGACAUGUAACCAUGAACCUCAUUCAGAACAAAAAAAAGCAAAAAAAAGGACUUUUACUCGAUUUACCCGACCUUUCAGAUAUUAAUUCUUCAUACAUUUCCUUCCCAUUGAAAACCAUGUAUCUCUAAAUGUGUUUAUUUUGUGAUAAACUGAAGGUUUCCUUAAGUGUAUAGACCAUUCUCCUACUUCUGUGAAAUGUCAAAGCUAAAUAAACUCUUUAAAACCUU